AUUAAAUAUAUACAAUCUCGUAAUUUGCUCCUAUUAUUUCUAACAAAAAUAAAGAAUUAUCCACUUGUUUGAUGUCUUGCAAGGGAGCCAACAAAAAAAGGGGGGGAGAGAAAACCUGCCUGUAACUUUAUUGCCCACCCCCCCAAAUAAGUUUGGAAAUGUUAUAACUGAGAAAGCAUAAGUAAGGCUUAAACAAUUUAUUCUCUGGACUUACUGGGGCCUCUGUUUAACUUGAAUUUGUACUAAAUAGAAAACUAGCAUGCUAUACAUUGCCAGUGUCUCUCCAAAUAAGACAACAGCACAACACUUUUAGGCAUAGUGAGCACAUUGGCUCUUUUUUUUUUUUGUCCCUUGCCUCUUUUCAUUAUUAGCCAAGAGCAGCUGUCUGAGUUAAACAACCUUUAGAUUACAUGACUUCCAGGUUGCUUAUUCCAAGGCUAGAACUUUAUGAACUGUUUGCAUAGGACUCUCUUUGUUGGACUUGGUGUGUGUGUGUGUGUUAUGUGAACUCCUUGACAGUGACCCCUGUCGUUUCCUGAAACCUGAUUACAGACUGGAGCCUUGGUGCCAUGGUACAGGCUGGGUUAAUGACUUUGUUUAUACUGAUACCAGCGAUCCCGUUAAGGUCCCAAGUCUUCUGGCACCUUCAUUGAGAAAAUGCUCCUCUGAGCCCUGUGGAGAGCUCACUUCAUUCUAACCAAUCAGCCCAGGGCAGUCCUUGUUUUUCAAUGAACUGCUGCUGCUCAUCAACAGGAGGUCAAGGCUGCUGAAGUGGGUGGAUUUAUUCGCCCAUUCAGGAGCCUUAUAAGCAGAGAUGAUAACAGCCAAGGAGAGGACGAAAGAAGCCACAGAGUAACGAGCUGUAGCUGAAGGGUUUUGGACACUUGCCGAAGCAGCAGGCGGGAGGAAAGCACUUGUGACAGUACUGAGUGAGUCAGCUUGGCUCUCACAGGAAUAUGGAGUGUGAGAAGUGUCCUUGUCAUCAUGAAAACAAUGAGAAUGCCAUUCUCUACAUGCUGCUCAGUGAGAACUUGACUCACCACAAGGGUAGCCGUGGCUCUUCCCAACAACGCUGCUUGUGCCAUAAGCGCCGUGCCGUUUGCCUUCAGACCCCACAAGCUACCUGCCAGGCAGCUUCUGACGUCUUGGUGAAGACCAUCAGCUUCAUGAAGAACCUGCCUUCUUUCCAGCUCCUGCCUUGGGAAGAUCAGCUCUUACUGCUGGAUAGCUGCUGGGCUCCCCUUUUCCUUCUGGGCUUGGUGCAGGAGAUGGUGACUUUUGAGGUUAUGGAAACCCCUGUACCCAGCAUGCUGGAGAGGAUCCUUCUCGAUGGCCAGUGCAAGAGGCAGGAGCUGCAGCGGGUGCAGCCCACCUUGGCCAGCGUGCAACGCCUCCAGUACUGCUUAAACUCUUUCUGGAGCCUAGACUUGAGUCCUAAAGAAUAUGCCUAUCUGAAAGGCGCAAUUCUGUUCAACCCGGACAUUCCAGGUCUCCGGGCUUCCUCGUACAUUGAGAGCCUCCAGCGAGAAGCUCAGCAAGCACUCCAACAAGUCCUAGUGCUUCUCCACUUGGAAGAUCAAGGUCGAUUUGCCCGAGUCCUGCUGAGUUCCUCCUCCUUGAGGUCCAUUCCCCCAGCUCUCAUUACCGACCUUUUCUUCAAACCCAUCAUUGGAAAGACAGACAUUCUUGAGCUCUUAAUAGAAAUGCUGCUGAUGAAAUAGUUUAAGUAACCAUAACAUCCUUGGGCUGUUGAGCCAGGCAACAUAUACUUUACUUGGUAUUCAACUCCAAGAGAAUACAGAAUGGACAAGGCAUAACAUCUCAGCAGCCAGAUUGCAAACAAAGAAGGUGCUAGUUGGCGAAGUCAUAUUUUCUUCCUGAACAAUGCAAGAAAGCAAUAUGCACCCAAGCCCUGUAAAGUGUUGUACUUGUAACAAGGUGUUUGGAGUAGGUAAUUCCUAUUCUAGCAGAGCAGCAUUCAUAGCAAAUGAAUUGGCACCAUAAAACUGCCGAGUCCUGGGUGCUCGGUGUCAUCAGUUGUAAUUAUGGGAUAAAAGCUCUGCCUGAACCAAUCUUGUUCAAACAUGCCUGCAACUCCAAAGUGAGGCAUACAGUAUUGAUUUUUUUUUACUGCAUUUAUAUUGGCUUCAGUUUCAAAGUUCAAAUUCUAUAGGGAUGUCUUGCCUACAGAAAGACUCCUGGGAACUGCCAUUGACUGGGAAAUAACCCACAGUCUCCUUUCCAAAAUAUAAGCCCAGGAUUUUCCUAGUAAAAAAGAACCAGGUGGCCUUUCACAAUACAACCAACCUCUCCCAGCUCCUAAAAAAGGAUAUGCGUAUAAAUGCAAUUCAUUUUUCUAAACAAUUUUUAAAAUAAGAAUAUUGACCUGCAUACAUUCCAAUCUUCAAGUGCAAAUACUUUGCUUUAAGGUAUCCUGACUUUUAUAUAGAUUUGUGCAUUGAGGAAAACUAAGGUCAGAAUAUGUCAAUUUCCAUUAUUCAUCAUUUUCCUGCUGGACUGAGGUUUCUUUUCCCUCCAGUUUGCUUUGCAUAGGUUGCCCAAAGCAGCUGCUUUUCUCUUCUCCAGUUUAUACUGUUGUUCUAUACUGGUUUAUGCCCUCUUUGCACAAAUUUCUAAUGUUAGUAUUUCGCAACCAGAUGCUUCUUGUGAUUUGUAUGUAGUAAGAAAGUUAAGUUAUUGUUUUUUUAAAAAAAAUAAAAAUAAAAGCAUUCUAA